AUGGCUCAAAAGAAUCCCAAAGGAGGUGGUACAUCAAUGUCAGGACAUCUGGAUAACCAUGAGAUGUUCCUUAAACGAGCAUUAGAAACUUUACUGAACGAAAAAGAUAUUAAAAAAUCACAAUAUCAACAACUGAAGCGUGCAUGUGAAUCCGCUCUGACUUCCGUAACCAAGGAUGCUCAAACAGCAAAUACAUCAUCAAUCAAUGAAGUCUUUUUUCUUCCGUUUGAAUUAGCUUGUGCGUCGAAUCAUGCCCGAAUGGUCGAUACAUCACUCGAUUGUCUUCAAAAACUUCUUGUGCAUGGCCAUUUGAUUGGGAGUGCACCAGAUCCAGCUGAUCCGUCGAAACUUCUCAUUGAUCGGAUUGUCACAUUGAUCUGCGCAUGUUUUCAUGGCGUACAAACGGAAGAAAAAGUCGAGUUACAAAUUAUCAAAAUCUGUCUAACGAUAAUGACAUCACAGACUAUUGAAAUACAGCAGCGGAGUGUUUUACAAAUCGUCAAGACAUGUUUUAAUAUAUAUUUAACAAGCCGAUCGCGGAUCAAUGAAGCCACAGCCCAAGGUUCACUUUCACAAAUCUUAACUGGAAUAUUCGCCAAAAUGGAACAAAAAAUGAGCGUAGUAAACGAACGAAAACGGAAAGAACUAGUGUGUGUCUCAUCCAAUGAUUACGACCAAGAACAAAAUAUUGUUAGAGAAAUACUCGAUGAACUUGUUGAGAAAAUUUGUUAUGAUGAAGCAACGCAAGAACGAACAAAUACAGCCUUGUCAACCAAUGAGAUUAUUGACGAUGUUCAAUCGAACCAAGGCGAAAUAGGCGAUAGAAUAUCUCAAAAUGAGAAAGAUACUCAAUCGAUCGACGAACAAUCUAUCGAUAAAUUCUCCAUGUCCAAUUCUCUGUCGGCCGACGAACUAUCUGCUGAUAAUUAUUUCAAAAACGCGUUUUAUGUAUUUCGUGCAUUGUGUAAAUUAUCAGAUCGCGAUAUUAAAGAUAAAGGAAAUCCGGAUCCACGUAUUAAUUUGGAUUUGAAAUCUCGUAUAUUUUCAUUACGUUUGAUAAUGCAAAUUCUUCAAACGUCGGGUCCGUUUUUCCGUUCAUCGGUUGAAUUUCUGCACUUAAUCAAAACAAAUCUAUGUGUAUCAUUGUCACGUAAUGGUGUUUCAUCCAUUCCGGAACUAUUCGAAAUGGCGUUGUUCAAUUUUGUCGAACUACUCGACAAGUUCAAAUCACAUUUAAAAAUUCAAAUUGAAGUAUUAUUUCGCGAAAUCUUCUUGACAAUCCUUGAAACAUCAACAAGUUCAUUUCGACACAAGUGGUUAGUUAUCCAAACGUUAGCGAAAGUCUCUGCUGAUGCUCAAAUUAUUGUUGAUUUAUUCAUCAAUUAUGAUUGUUCAAUGCGAUCAGCAAACAUUUUCGAACGAUUAGUGAUUGUGCUUUCACGCGCCGCACAAGGUCGACAAGCAGUAGAACUAGGUUGUAAUCAAACUGAAGAGCAUAAUUUACGUAUGAAAGGCCUUGAAUGUCUCGUUUCGAUCUUGAAGUGUAUGGUGGAAUGGAGUAAAGAUCUGUAUGUCAAUCCGCAUCUGCAGAGCAAUUUAGGACCUGAUUCUAAACCACUGAACGAAAAUGGAUAUGAUCAGGAUAGCAAUCGCUCCUCGUCGGGUUAUGUUGGCAGUGGUAUGCGUCGUACAGAUUCGAGUGGUUCGAUCAACUCUUCUCAAUCGUCGGAAAAUAUCAAUGAUUUUGAAGUUAUUCGUCAACGUAAAGAAUUAUUCGAAAAAGGCAUUGAUAUAUUCAAUCAAAGUGCUAAGAAAGGCUUGGAAUAUCUAUGUGAAAAGAAUCUUCUCAGCAGAGAACCUGAAGAAAUCGCACAAUUCUUUCAUGAAUAUCAAGAUUUAUUGGAUAAGACCGUGAUUGGAGAUUGUCUAGGAGAGGAUGACAAACAUCAUAAACAAAUCAUGUACGCCUAUAUCGAUCAAUUAGAUUUCACAAAUAUGGAAUUUCUCGGAGCAUUGCGGAAGUUUCUUGCCGGAUUUCGUUUACCUGGCGAAGCACAAAAGAUCGAUCGAUUAAUGGAAAAAUUCGCAGGUAGAUUCUGCGAAUGCAAUCCAAAUUUGGAAAUAUUCGCCAGUGCUGACGCUGCUUACGUCUUAGCUUAUUCAGUUAUCAUGCUAACCACCGAUUUGCAUAGUGUUAACGUAAAGAAGAAGAUGACAAAGGAGCAGUAUAUCAAAAUGAAUCGAGGUAUUAAUGAUAGUCGUGAUCUUCCGGAAGAGUUUCUUUCGAAAAUCUACGAUGAAAUCAAAAACGAAGAGAUCAAAUUGAAAGUGACAACAACAAUGAAACGUGGAACGAAAGAAAGUAUUACCAAUGAUAAACAACGCGAAUUGUUAUUCAAUGUUCAAAUGAAAGAUGUUGAAACCAUUGCUCGAGAUCUAAUGUCCAAUGCUGGAUCGAGUAACGAAGAAUUUACCAUUGCAAAACAUUUAGAACAUGUUCGACCGAUGUUUCAAAAAGCAUGGUCACCAUGCCUAGCAGCGUUUAGUGUCAAUCUUCAAGAUAGUAAUCAUAUCGAUCUGGCGAAUCUAUGCUUAACAGGCAUUAGUUACGCAAUUCGUAUUGCUUGCAUUUUUCAUAUGGAGUUGGAACGCAAUGCUUUCAUACAAACAUUGUCGCGUUUUACAUUGUUAAUGACGGCUUCGCAAGUGAUGGAAAUCAAAGCAAAGAAUGUCGAAUGUUUGAAAACAUUGAUAUCAAUUGCCCAAACGGAUGGAAAUUAUCUGGGCGACGCUUGGUACGAUAUUCUGAAAUGUAUUAGCCAGUUGGAAUUAGCACAGCUAUUUGGUGUUAGCGACACGAAAACCAAACUAUCUGUUUCAAACAAUUUCCAUCAUUCACAUGUAUCUACUCACCAUGGGCCAACAACAUUUGCUCUACAAUUUGAUAAUCUUUUCAAUACGGAAAAAAGUCAAUUAAAACGUAUACAGUCCAUGCAAGAUCAAAUUCAUGUGACCACGACACAAAAUGUUGUAGUUGCCGUCGAUCGUAUAUUUUCCGGCUCGGCUCGUUUAGAUGGUGAUGCCAUUGUGGCAUUCGUCCAAAGUCUAUGUCACGUGUCCAUGGAUGAAUUGUAUUCCACGCCUCCUCGUAUGUUUAGUUUACUUAAAGUAGUCGAGAUUUCAUAUUACAACAUGGGACGUAUUCGACUUCAAUGGUCAAGAAUCUGGGAGAUUGUUGGUGAUCAUUUCAACAAAGCUGCUUGUCAUCCAUUACAAGAUGUCUCGUUCUUCGCAGUCGAUUCACUUCGACAAUUGUCCAUGAAGUUUCUUGAGAAAGGCGAAUUUCCAAAUUUUCGUUUUCAAAAAGAAUUUCUUAAACCAUUUGAAAUUAUUAUGAAAAAGAAUUCGUCAAUCACCAUACGUGAUAUGGUCGUUCGUUGCAUCAGCCAUUUUGUUGAUGCCCAAGCAAAAAAUAUUCGCUCGGGCUGGAAGAACAUUUUCAGUGUUUUUCAAAUGGCUGCUGCAGACACAGAUGUCCAAAUCGUCGAAUUAGCUUUUCAAACGUGUACAGUGAUUGUUGGUGUGGUAUUCGAUCGGUAUUUUGCAUCCGUACUUGAUAGCUUUCAAGAUGCAGUCAAAUGCUUGUCAGAGUUUGCUUGCAAUAUUUCAUUUCCUGAUACGUCUAUGGAAGCAAUACGUUUAAUCCGUCAAUGCGCAAAAUAUGUUGCCGAAAAGCCACAGAUUUUUCGUGAACACGCAGGAGAAGAUUUGAUUAAUGUUUCGGAAGAAGAUCGUAUUUGGGUUAAAGGAUGGUUUCCGAUUCUCUUUGAACUAUCAUGCAUCAUUAGUCGAUGUAAAUUAGACGUACGAACACGAGCGUUGACAGUUAUGUUUGAGAUUAUGAAAACAUAUGGUGAAUCAUUUACUCAGAGUUGGUGGAUUGAAUUGUUCAAUAUUGUUUUUCGUAUUUUCGAUAAUAUGAAACUACCCGAUACACAAAUCGAAAAAAUUGAAUGGAUGACAACGACAUGUAACCAUGCCUUGUAUGCUAUUGUGGAUGUAUGUUCUCAAUUCUACGAUGAUAUUCCUGAAUCCCUUGUCAAUGACUUAUAUUGUCAAUUGAAAUGGUGUGUGAAUCAGGAUAACGAACAAUUAGCAAAGUCAGGAACGAAUUGUUUGGAAAAUUUUGUUAUUGCUUGCGGUCAACGCUUCACACCGACAAUCUGGCAAAAAACAUGUACUUGUAUACUUGAAGUUUUCCGCUCGACUCUGCCAGAAAUGCUUCUCACAUGGCGACCUGAUACAGAUGGCUCAACAAUGGCGAUGAUUAAUGAAAUAUCCAUGCUCGAUCGGACUGAUAGUUCAUUUGAUUAUGCAGCAGUUGAGUCUGCUUCAAGUCAACAGAAUCGUUUAGCCCGUGUCAGUAUAAGUAGCGCUCAAUCUGAUCAAACAGAAAUCAAUCUUCACUCACGAGCGUCAAUAAGUUCACCCACUGAUCGAACAAAAAUCAAUUCCGAUUUGGCCUUUUUUCAAAUCUUAACAAUUAAAUCUCUCGUUCAAAUCGAAUUGAUUCAAACAAUCGAUAAUAUCGUGUUCUAUUCAUCUACAAGUAAAAAAGAAGAUUCACAAUACAACUCGGUCGCACGUAGACCAUCUUCUUCUAGCGAAUCGGAGGCAUUAGCAAAUACGACAAUUGGCCAAGAUACUUCGGCAUACUUUUCUUCUUCGGAUGAAAUUCACAACGCGUAUGGAAUGUACGAAUACAUGAGUUUUGAUCAAUUAAUCUUACUUGUCGAUUGCUUGAUUGAAUCACAUAUGUUCGCUCGUGCAUUUAAUUCCAAUAAUGAACAAAGAAACUUUCUCUGGAAAGCGGGUUAUCGAGGCAAAGCGAAGCCGAAUUUAGUAGUACAGGAAACCAAUAGUAUUGCUUGUGCAUUCCGUAUUCUUUUCCGUCUAUACAGUGAUCCAAAACAUUCGAGCUCGUAUGAUGUACUCAAACAACGAAUACUCAAAUUAAGUCGUGAUAGUUUAGAAUACUACUUAACCCUACAAUCUAAAGAUCAUCGUGAUCUAUGGACGAACGUUCUUAUCCUUCAUCUCACAAAACUACUGAAAUUAACUGAAGAACGAUUCAAAUAUUUUUCGAAAGGCAUCUAUUUACUAGUUGGUGAAAUGGUUGUCUUUGAUUUAAAAGCUGAAUUACGAUAUAUACUACGAGAAUUCUUACUUCGGAUUGGUCGUAUCUACGAGAUUAACAGUGAUUAA